AUGGCGACCAUAUUGGCCGCAUCUGCCGGCCAUUACCUCCUGUCGCACUGGCCGGACGCGGGUCCGAGUGUGGGCGGGUGCCUGCAAUGCCACCACCACUACCAAGACAAGAUCCGGCCCUCGCACAACCAACAACAAACCCCUCUCGAGACGGCCCCUGGAACCCGCUGCGCCGAGCUCGGCUUCCCGACUCGACCUUCUUUCCAAUCCCCCGACGUUGUCCUCGCCCAGGUCGCAAACGAUGGCGGUGCCUUGCCUAUGCAGCAAGGCGGCUGCGGCCUGUGUUGUCAUGACGAGCACACGUUUAGCCCUCGCCUCUCCCUCUCACGUGUGGCCGCCUAUCUCCUGUUGUCGUGUCACCCGAGCAUGGAUUCGAAAGACGGCCGCUUCGAUAUGGCUGUUCUGCUCGAGGCUCAAUGGCGCGACUUGCUGCUCAUCGGGCUCUUGACCAUCGUCGCCGCCCUCCUGGCCCUCGUCUACCUCUGCGCCCUUCCGAAACCACUGCCCGGGAUUCCCUACAACAAGCGCUCGUCCAGGCGUUUGUUUGGGGACGUCGGCGAGAUCCGCCAGUCGACCUAUAGGCGGCAGUGGAUAUGGAGCCAGCCAAGCGUCCACGGGGCACCCAUUUCCCAGGCCUUUCUCUUUCCCUUCCGGAGACCGACCGUCAUUGUCUCCGACUACCGUACCGCCGUCGACAUUUGCUCCCGGCGCGUCAAGGAGUUUGACCGAGGGACGCGAAACAGGGAGUGCGUCGGCUUGACCGCUCCCAACUUCCACUUCACCAUGCAGUCGAGCGACCCGCGGCUGAGGCGACAUCGGGAGCUGCUGCGAGACCUGAUGACGCCGUGGUUUCUCAGAGAGGUCGCAGCCCCGCGCAUAUAUGACAGAGUCGCUCUCCUGGUCGACCUCUGGAGCUUGAAGCAGUCCAAGGCACACUUGCGACCCUUUCCUGCCGCCCGGGACCUUUCCCUGGCGACUCUGGAUAUGAUUUCGAGCGCUGCGUUUGGCAUGGAAAAGUCCAAGGCCGCCCUCAGCAAAGAGGUGCUGCGGGUUCAAAGCUUCCACCCCGAAGCCGCUUUCGAGACAAACGAGCCCGUCGAAUUCCCCCGUGCCACCCAAGAACCGGACAUUGAGGCCCUGCUCGACAUGGCCGACAUGAUGGCCAUUGCGCAGGGCAGCCCCUUUCCGACUCUCGCUCAGUGGCUGGCUUUGCUCAAGCCCAGGCACGCCCGGGCCCACUGGCACCGACGAGCUCUCCUCCGCCGACAGACGGCAAAGAGCCUGCACAGGCUCGCGUCCGUGGGGGAUGAGAGCGUGCCGGACAGCGCCUUGGACGAGCUCCUCCGGCGGGAGCAGCGCGCGGCAGCCAAGAUGGGCAGGGUCCCCGACUUUUGGUCUCCCGCCAUUCGAGACGAGGUUCUCGGCUAUCUUCUCGGGGGCCACGAGACAUCUGCCACUGCCCUGGCGUGGUGGGUAAAGCAAAAUACUCGCCACCAACACGUUCAAGAUCGUCUUCGGCGCGCCCUCUUUGACGGUCACCCUGAAGCCGUUGCAGAAGGUCGCUGCCCGACCAUGGCGGAGAUUGUCUCGGUUUCGAUCCCCUACUUGGAUGCGGUACUGGAAGAGGCGCUCCGCUGCGCCUCGGUGGCCACCUUGAUCGUUCGGCAAGCAAAGUGCGACACGCAUAUCCUGGGCUAUCCGAUUCCAGAGGGGACCGACAUCAUCAUCCCCUUGACCGGACCGUCCUUUACAGAGCCCGCUCUGGCGAUCCCCGAGUCCCUCCGCUCCGAGGCCUGCCGCAACGCCAAAGAGCGCGUCCCCGCCUGGGGCGAUGACAUUGCCGAGUACAGGCCGGAGCGGUGGCUGAAGCGUGAGCGCAACGCGGCCGGAGAGACGGUGGAGGUGUUUGACGCGCUGGCCGGGCCGAGCCUUGUAUUCAGCUGCGGUCCGAGAAAUUGCUUUGGGAAGAAGCAGGCGUAUCUGCAGCUGAGGACGACGGUGACGCUGCUGCUGUGGAACUUCGCCUUUGAACCCAUCGACAAAGCGCUGGAUGGGUGGGACAUUACCGAGAGCCUCGUCAAUCUUCCCAAGAGCUGCUAUGUGAGGCUCAGAAAGCUAUGA